CUCCGCCACAAUAUUGUGAACUGCUAAAAGCUGAAGUUUGUUCGCGUCGUUGAACGGAGCGCUUUACGUGAGUGGAGUGUGUUUACUUCUUGGCGCAUCUCUAAAUUGUCUGGAACUCUGGUUGUCUACGAUGGGAUGGUAUGCAGAAGUGAUAUUUUUAUUCCUCAUUCAAUAUGUAAUAGCAACAACGGGAGUUCUGCAUAAUAUCAAUUUACCCCCAAACUUCCUUGAUGAAGGCGUACAUCAAAGCCAAGAUACAAUUGAAGAUGAAAUGACUCCACUACUAGUAAAUCAAUAUGAAGACUUCAAAUACCAGCAACUAGGAAAAAUUCUAGCCAAUGUGUUACUCCAGCCUUGGCCUAAAGGUGUAAGUCCAAUUCUUUACGUAGAAGAUAUUUCUUCAGCAAAUCUUCACGAACAAACACCUGUUAAUAGUGACACAGCCGAAAUUGAUGACAUCAACAACCUGCCGCUUAAAAGAUCGCGAUAUUAUAGAAAAUAUCCAUGGAAGAGGCAAAAUUCUAGGUACGAUGCUGAAAAUCGUUACUUAUGUCAGCCAACUAAAGAGGACGUCUUCCGUCUUUUAGUAGCGUUACACGAAGCUCGUCAAGGUAACAGAGGUCAAGUAAUAAAUUUCUGCAACAGAAGAAGACCAGCGUCUGCCGUUUUUACGAACAUACGAUUCCUUGGAUAAGCAUAUUCAAUGUAUCUUACAACGUGACUGAAAACGAGAUAUCCAGUAUUACAAGAUUGUCGACAAACGCUUUGAACGUCUCAUCCACUAGUUGUAAUAUUUUUUUACUGAAGCAGUUUAAUUCUAGCGUUUUAAAGUCAGCACUCCAAAUUACAACUUCGAUACUCCUCUAACGUUUUAAUACCAUCUUCUCAAUGGACAUAUCAAAGCAGGCAGUUUACGAAGAAAAUAUAAUUUCUAUAAGCAAUGAGUCCUUACAUCACUUAAUGCAAUACUUCACAAGUUGCCUUUGAGAAACAAGACAAUUAACCCACAAAAUCAUUUCCUUAAAAAACGUUACCGUUACGAGGAGUUAUCGUCGAAAAUUUGAAAAAUUAAUAUAUCAAUAAGAAUUAAGCUGAAUCAUGAAUUAACUAGUUCAUUGUACGUCUGUACUUAUUUCAAUUUGUUUCGUAAACAGACUUAAGACUGUUAGUUUUUAGAGUAAAUUAUAUGUUUUCCUUUGGAUGAAUGUGACUAUAUUAAAAUUAUUCUUAAUGUGCGUAAUAAUGUAAAUUGGAAAUAAAUCAAUCAUGUUUAUAUA